AUGGAGGGACUUGGGAUUGCAGCCAACGUUAUCGCUGUAGUAGAUCUGUCUGCAAAGAUUGCGACAAUCUGCUUCCAAUAUUCCAAGGACGUCAAGGACGCGAAAAAGGACAUAGAGCGAGUCAUUCGGGAGACAACAGCGUUUAACAAGCUUGCCAAUGGCGUGCAGGACAGACUUGCUGGCCCUCACGGCGCUACACUCAGCACUUCUCACAUUCUGAACGGCAUCUUUGAGAAUGCAAAGAUAAGGCUUGAAGAGCUCGACGAAAAGCUACAACCCAGCAGGUCCCGCAAAGCAAUGCGCCGAUUCGGUGUUCGGGCGCUGCAGUGGCCCUUCCAGAGCAAUGACGUCGAGAAGGCUUUAAAAGACCUUGCUAGAUACACAGAGGCCAUCACACUUGGGUUGCAGAUUGAUAGUUCACAAGCCAUUAGUCGAAUAGAAGAUCGGACAAUCCAAGACCGGCGGCGCGAAAUCCUUUCGUGGCUGUAUCCUUCGCAGCACAUGAGGGCAGAUGAUGUCUUGCAGGAUAUUCUCUGCCGUCGACACGAAGGGACCGGCUUAUGGCUCCACGAGUUCGAACCAUUCUGUGACUGGAUGAAAGACGAUGAACCGAACGUGUUAUGGGUCACGGGGCUCCCUGGAGCCGGCAAAUCUUUUUUAUGUGCUGCGAUGAUAGAACAUCUUCAAACAACAUUCAAAGCACCGGAUCAGAUGACUGUUCAUUUCUUCUGUAGCUUCACCGGUCAAGAUGGAGCAACCUCUGAUCAAUUUUUGAGGUCCGCUGCGGCACAGUUCGCUUCUCAGUCUGCUCGAUGCCUCACAAUCGCAAUGCAAAAGUUUGACAAGAAAGAUGGUCAUCCCCUUCGACGACAAGAAUACAUUUCUCUCGUCGAAUCGUUUAUAUGCGAGAGCAGUCGAGUAUUCAUCGUCGUUGACGGCAUUGAUGAGAUUGGAGAUUACAGAAGCGAGGAGAAGAAGUCGUUUGUGGAAAUUCUAAACCAGCUCCUUCAUCGACCGGCCAGAAUGUCCAACACAUCACCCCAGCCAAUCAAAGGAAAACGAAAGAUACUCAUCACCAGCAGGGAAGAUUCAACUGUUCGAAGUAACAUCGUGGAACAAUCUGACUCCUAUGUCUGCGAUCUUGAGUCGGAGUACAACAAUCAACUUGCAGCGGACUUGAGGGCAUUUGUGUUUGCUGAACUUCAAAGGAGCCUUGCUGCGAGGAAUUUAUGGCUGGGCAGCAAUGACCUUCUUGCAGAGAUCGAGUCUCGCAUAUCGGAGACUGCAGUGACAAUUCUUCAAGCAGAGCUACACAUCAGAUUUGUGUCUGACCGAAGAAACGAUCGGGACAAACUUGAUGCUUUGAAACACCUCCCCAACACUCUUGAUGAGACGUACGAGCGUAUCCUGGCGCUCAUCGUGGGGAUGAACCCGCAACGAACGGCAGAAGUCACACACGCCCUUCAAUGGCUUGCUGUCAGCGCUGUACCGCUCACCAGGAAACAACUGGCUGAGGUCGUAUCAAUCCAGCCCCAAGAUACCCGGCUCGACAUGAGUGGUAUUUGUCAACCUCACGAUAUCCUUGCACCAAUCAGUCAGCUCAUCACUCACGUCAUAGAUCACGAAAGCCUCGUGUCUGCGACACAACAACAUCAAGUGACGGAAGAUGCGACAGUGCAACUCCGCCAUCUAACGGUCAAGAACUUCCUCACGGGCUCUGCCAUCCUCAACACAUCUGCGAAGAUGUUUCACUCUACUGAAAAAGAAUCGCACGCCUUUGCAGCUAGAGCGUGUCUUCAGUAUCUCUCAUUCACCGACUUCAGCAUCGAUUGCGAGGCUACAGACUUUUCAGUCCAGAGUCUAAAAGAGCGUUACUCGUUCCUUGAGUACGCUGCUAACUACUGGUCAAAGCAUCUUCGACUGAGUGGAAUGUCGUCGGAGGCAAAGUGCAUCGAUCAGUUGAAGCAUCUCCUUCUCUGGUUUACAGACUGCCAUAAUGAUCCAGCAAGGUUUAAUACGUGGAGAUCAAUUUUGAAAUUAUCUAGUGGCCUGGAAAGGGAGCGGUUUAAACGCUACCUUGAUCGUGACCAUCCAGAGUUCGAGUUCUACAGUUCUUCGCCGCUGUCAUACUCUAUCGCUGAGGGGCUGGAUGCCUUGGUUGAUAAGCUCCUCCCGUAUCUUGAAGACGUCAACCAGUGUUUCCCCGACGGCAACACCUGUCUAUUCGUUGCUGCAAGCGCCAACAACAUUGCUCUCGUACAACGGUUUCUAAAUAUGGGAGCAGAUAUAGACGCUCCGGAAGACAACAAAGGACUCUCCCCGUUGCAUAUUGCAGCGGAGAAAGGCUGUGACGAGAUGGUAGCCUUCCUGCUGGAGCAUGGUGCAUCGCCCUCUGUGCAGAGCUUCUCGGGCUCAACGCCAUUCUACCGCGCUGCACGUAAUGGCUCCAUUGAGUGUCUCCGCUUGCUGUAUGAUGCUGGCAGUGAGGUUGACGCGAAGACAUGGGAUCUUUGGACACCCCUAAUGGAAGCAGUCGAGAACAACUGCUCAGAUGCCGUGAAGCUACUUCUUGAUUGGGGUGCUGAUGCAGCGCUGACUUCCAAGUUUGGCUCCACGCCGCUGCUGCUGGCGAGAGAGUUGCCCUAUCACAUGCAUGUGGAUAAAGAAAUCGUAGAGGCGUUGCUGAAGAAGGGACUCGAGACUGGCGAAUCAUGCACAUCCAUGGAUGAGUAA